AUGACCCUCUUCGGAACCAAGGCAGCAGCAUCAGGGGAUGGGGCUCUUCAGCCCCGUCUAUCAACCCUUUCGACCAUGGCAAUGGCCUUCGCCAUUCUUAACACUUGGAUUGCUCUUGCUGGUUCAAUAGGUCUUGUCCUGCCAUCAGGUAGCUCCGUCGCGCUUUUAUACGGCUUCAUUUUCUGCGUCCUGUGCUGCUUCUGCGUGGCCGCCAGUCUUGGCGAGCUCAGCUCCAUCUGGCCAACGGCUGGAGGGCAGUAUCACUUUGUCUACGCCCUUUGCACGGAAAGAUGGCGAAAGCCGGUGGUAGACAAUCUAGCCCAGUUCAUUUCCGCCGCAGCAGUGGUGGCAUCAAACGGAGCUUAUCAGAUCACCGCGGCGAGGACAUAUGGGAUCUUCGUGGCAGUCCUCGUCUUUACGACAGUUGCCAACAUUUGGGGUAACAAGAUACUUGGCAAGUGGAACGACGCUGCCUUGUACUGGUCCCUUUUUGGCGUCGUCAUCAUCAGCAUUGUUCUGCUCUCCAUGUCAGACAAGACAAGCGCAGAGUUUGUCUUCACUGACUUCAAUAACGAGACUGGCUGGUCUGACGGCAUGGCCUGGAUCUUGGGUCUCCUGCAGUCUGCUCUCUCGCUUAUUGCAUUCGACGUUGUCCUCCACAUGACAGAAGAGAUGCCGAAUCCUGCUCGAGACGCUCCUAGAGCUAUGCUGUACUCCAUUGUCAUCGGUGGCGUCACGGGCUUUGCCUUCAUCCUCGUCAUGCUCUUCUGUCUCGUCGACGCCGAUACUGUCCUGGCCACUCCCACCGGCAUGCCCAUCGUCGAGCUCAUCCUUCAAGCAACAAAAAGCCGAGCCGCCGCCACCAUCCUCAGCCUGAUGCUCAGCGUCUGCUUCAUCAACGGUACAAACGCCAGCAUCACCAGCGUUAGCAGAUUGCUCUAUGCCAUGGCCCGUGACCGCGGCAUCGUCUUCCACAACUACUUUGCCCACAUCCAGUCAGGCCUCAACGUGCCGGUUCGGACCAUCAUGUUCUGCUUCGUCUUCAAUAUUCUUUUCGGCCUCUUGUAUCUGGGACCCGUCGUCGCUUUCAGUGCAUAUGUUGCAUCUUGCACAAUCUUUUUGAACGUGUCUUAUGCCAUUCCCAUCAUUAUCCUUCUCAUCCGUGGACGGAAAGUACUUGACCACUACCAGACUGCAAAGACACCCUUUAAACUUGGAAGGACCUUCGGUCUGUUGCUGAAUAUCAUUGGUGCACUCUAUGUGGUUGUGACUUCGGUGUUCUUCUGCUUUCCCACCUUUCUUCCAGUCACUGGCAAUAACAUGAACUACGUCUGCGUUGUGAUUGGUAUCUUUGGCAUAGUUGUUGGUAUAUAUUGGUUCUUUUAUGGAAAGACAUUCUUGGGUCCCCAAGACUUGGUCAUGGCAGACUUUGAGGAUGUUGUUGGUCGACCUGUUUCCACACAAGGUUCGAGCGAGGAGGACAGAGCCGAAAAAGGCGCCAAAUGA